UCCAAUAUAGUCCAAGUUUCCAUUUAGAUGCAGAUGUGAAAAUAGGAGUUUAUAAAUGUCUCCAAAGAAUGGUUCCUGAUUCUAAUGAGAGAGUAAAAAUUGAUUGCCAAAUGGACACAUUCAAAGCUGCAAGAGGGCUCUUUGGCCUAGAUAAUGCAAUAUUGACAAGGAACAAGAAGUCUCCAGCUGAAUGGUGGGAUUCAUAUGGUGAUGAGUGCCCCGAGUUGAAGCGGUUUGUAAUUAGAAUAUUGAGUUUAACAUGUAGCUCUUCGGGAUGUGAAAGGAAUUGGAGUGCCUUUGAGAUGGUGCAUUCAAAAAGGAGAAACCGGUUGCAACAAAAGAAAAUGAAUGAUUUGGUAUUUGUUAUGUAUAACAUAAAAUUGAAGGAGAGGAACUUGAAAAGACAAGCUGUCAUAGAACCAAUUAUUUUUGAAGAUGUCUCUUCCGAUGAUGAUUGGAUUACCGAAAAAGAAGAUCCUGUUCUUCCAACAAAAACUAAAUGGUUGAGGGUUCUUGAUGACAAAGUUCAAAAAGAUGAUUCCGAUGAAGAAGAUGAAGUAGAAAGGAUGACUAGGACACUUGAGGAAAUUUAUGCAAUUGAUGAUAAUGAAGAUUUGCAGCCAUUAAAUCCUAUUGAUGAAGCUAAUGAGGAAGAUGGUGCAGGGUUCAAUGAUGACUUUAUGGAUAUGUAAUUUUAGUUUCUAACUUUGGAGAGGGAUGAGUUAGGAUUUGAGAUUUAUGGACUAUUUUAUUUUGUGUUACAUCCUCUUUUAUUUAUAUUCAGACUUUGGAAUAUUUUCUUUUACUUUUAUUUAUAUUCGGACUUUAGAAUAUUGUUAGGAUUUGAGAUUUGAAGUCAUGGAUAUGUAAUAUGGUAUGUUUUGGCCUUAUUUUGGUUAUAUUUUACAUAUCUUAUUGUUUAGGAAAUUAGUUUCAAGUAUUUUUUCACAAUUUGGUAGAAUCUUACGAUU